GGUAAAUCAAGAGGAAGUCCUGAUGGUUCCUGUAACAAAAUAUAAACCAGAAACUCCACAACAGUUUACUUAGUUUGUUGCACACUUCAGACAACACAAGGACUCUGGUUUACUUCACCUCCAGGUCGUUUGUCCAGGUUAACUCACCAUGAAUAACAUUAAGUGUGUGGUGGUGGGAGAUGGGUCUGUGGGUAAAACAUGUCUGCUCAUCAGCUAUACAUCCAGCGCCUUCCCUGGAGAAUACAUCCCCACAGUGUUUGAUAGUUAUUCUGCCAAUGUGAUGGUGGAUGGGAAUCCAGUGGCCCUCUGUCUGUGGGACACAGCAGGACAGGAGGACUAUGACAGACUCAGACCUCUGUCCUACCCUCAGACGGACGUGUUUCUGCUUUGCUUUUCUCUCGUCGGUCCAUCUUCCUUCGAGAACGUCCGUGCCAGGUGGAUCAAGGAGCUGCAGCACCACUGCCCUGAGACCCCGGUAGUCCUGGUGGGCACCAAGGUGGACCUGAGGAAUGACAGUGAAGCUCUGGAGGAGAAGAAACUGACUCCAAUCACCACUGUGCAGGGCUUUGCCAUGGCUAAAGAAAUCGGUGCAGUGAAGUACCUGGAGUGCUCCGCUCUGACGCAGCGCGGCCUCACGGCUGUGUUUGAUGAAGCCAUCAGGACGGUCCUGCAGGCCCCCAAAGUCCAGAAAAAACGCAAGUGCCAGAUACUCUGAUGGAGAUCCAAGUGGACCAUGAGUCAGAAUCCCCACGAAAAUCAUCGUCUUUACAAACAGAGAAGAUGUAAAACUUCAUUUUCAUGUAACAAUAAUGUCCUUUUCUCCUGCUCUGGUCCUGUCAAACUGAUUUCUUUUUCAACAAACAUGGUGACAAAACCUAAAAGAAAACUGGGAACAGAGCAGAAAACAAUUCAUGAAGAUGGGAGAUAUUGCAUCUGGUUGUCUGGGGAUUGUGUGUGGAGAACCUGAAGGGUCAGUACUGGGUCCAGUUUUAUUUAAUUUGUAUAUAAUCCACAUAAGCAAAGUAUUAAAAUUUGUGUUAUUUGCUGAUGACACAAAUAUUCCAGUCUCUGGUAAAAACUUACCUCAGAAAUGAGUGAAUUAAAGAAAUAGUUUGACAAUAGUAAAUUAACACUAAAUUUGGAGAAGGCUAAAAAUCAGGAUUUAAAAAAAAAACUGUUUCAAAAGUUCUCAAAUUAAAGUUCAGACAGAGGGCGUAACUCUGGAAAAGGUUUCUGUGAAUAAGUUUCUUGCUGUAAUAAUAGACGACAAAAUCAGUUGGAAACUUCAUAUAAAACUUUUACAGAUUAAACUAUGUAGAAACAUAUCAGUUCUGGCAAAAACUUGAUAUACUCUGUAUAAUAAAUCAUCUCAUAUUCUGUAUAACUCUCUGAUUUUUGCCAUAUUUAUUAUAUUAUUCACAGAUGUGAGGAAUUAAUUACAAAAGCUGUUUACAACCAUUGAGAAUCCUGGAGAAACAUUCGAAUCAUCCAUAAUGUCGGUUAUUAUGAGAACACAAACCCUUUAGGAUCUUUAGUUUGUAAACAACAAGAAAGAGCUUUUGUAUUUUAAUUCAUGGUGUAAAAUUAUGGAACAAGUUAAAUGAAGAGUUAAAGCAAAGUUAAAAAUGGAAUAGAAUUUAAAAAGAAAUAUGGGGAGAUCAUUUUUGCAAGAUAUAGAAAUAUGGGUGAGAGAUAGCACUAAAGUGUUUAUGUAAAUUGAGGCUAAUGCAUAUGAGUGUGUGGAGGUAUGUUUACAUAUAUAUAUAUACAUACAUAUAAGUUUAGAAGUUAUAGAUAGAAUAGAACAUUCAUUAACCUGUGUUUAUUUUUUAUUUGAUUUAAUAAUGAGGGUCCGUCUGAAAAUAUUACAUGAGUUUAUGGGAUGGGAGUUUAUAAGUUUCUAACUCCUUCCUGCUCCUUGUUAAGAUUAUUGUAGUACCAAAAUGUCUUUUGCAUUCCUUGUUCGUGUGUGUGAUCUCCUACUUCUAUAGUGUUUGAAAUAAAUAAAUAAGUAAAAUAAAUAAAUGAAUAAACCUGCAGAGUCACUUUUUCAACAAUGUUUAAU